CGGGGGGCACUCUGCGGCCGUGCCCACCUCCUGGCCUUAGGAUGUUGCUUCCUGCCGGCAGGCACGCGUAGCAGUCCGAGAUGGCUCCAGACAUGUGGUUCUUCCUCGUGAUCGCUGGAUGGCUGAUGCCAACCCUCUCAGGUGACCCGUCUCCAACUCCAUCUGGCCUGCCCAACACCAGCAGUGCACAGAGCCAGACCUUGGAGCCAGGGGCGCUGCUCCGGGUCCGCCUGGCGAACGGGAGCAGCCGCUGCAGCGGGACGGUGGAGGUGCGGCUCGGGGCGGCCUGGGAGCCCGCGUGCGGGGCGCCCUGGGACCGGCGCGCCGCCGAGGCCGUGUGCCGCGCGCUGGGCUGCGGCCGCCCGGGCGCGACCGUGCAGCCCGCAACGCUCCCCCCGGAGCUGCCGCCAGGUCCCGCCGCGGGCAACGCCAGCGGGGCCCCGAACGCCACGCAGGCCCCGGCGCCCGCCGUCCUGUGCAACGGCACCGAGUGGAGGCUCUGCGAGGUGGUGGAGGGAGCGUGCAGCAGCGACGCGAGACCGGCCCAGGUCACCUGCUCAGAGAACCCUGAGCUGCGGUUAGUGGACGGUGGCAGCCCGUGUGCAGGCCGCGUGGAGAUGCUGGAGGAUGGCCAAUGGGGUUCGGUGUGCGAUGACACGUGGGACCUGGAGGAUGCCCACGUGGUGUGCCGGCAACUAAGUUGCGGCUGGGCUAUCCAGGCCCUGCCUGGCCUGCACUUCGCCCCUGGCCAAGGACCCAUCCACCGGGACCAGGUGAACUGCUCCGGGGCCGAGAGUUACCUGCAGGACUGCCCGGGGCAGCCAGGACACGGCUACUGUGGCCACAAGGAGGAUGCUGGCGUGGUGUGCUCAGAGCACCAGUCCUGGCGCCUGACCGGGGGCACUGACUCCUGCGAGGGGCAGGUGGAGGUCCACUUCCGCGGGGUCUGGAACACAGUGUGUGACAGUGAGUGGUACUCAGAGGAGGCCACAGUGCUCUGCCGGGCCUUGGGCUGUGGGACCGCGGCGGCCAGAGUGCCCAAGGGGCUGCCUCACUCGCUGUCGGGCAGGAUGUACUACUCGUGCGAGGGCACGGAGCCCACCCUCUCCGACUGUUUCUGGCGGUUCAACAACUCCAACCUCUGCAGGCAGUCGCAGGCAGCCAGGGUCCUCUGCUCAGGUUCCCGGAGUUUGCUCAAUCUGUCCUCUUCUGAGGCCCCUACGAGUGUUCAGCCGCUCACUGUAGAAUCUUCUGUGAUGGUGAACACAGAGGACUGGGAAUCUCGGGAGCUAAUGCUCCUCAUCCUCUGCAUCGUUCUGGGAGUUCUCCUCCUUGGCUCAUUCAUCACCAUAGCCUUCAUCUUCUUGAAAGUUAAAGGAAAAUAUGCCCUCCCCGUUAUGGCGAACCAUGAGCAUCUACCCACCACCACCCCAGCCGGGAUCAAUAGUUAUCAAGAUGUCCCCAUCACCAUCUCCACCAAAGAAGUUCCCAAUCUGCCCGUCCAGGUCCAGAACCCGCCCCCCGAGGACUCGGACUCCAGCUUGGACUCAGACUAUGAACCCUAUGACUUCAGCGCCCAGCCUCCCGUGGCCCUGACUACCUUCUACAACUCCCAGCGGCACCGGCCCACAGAUGAGGAGAUCCAGCAGAGCAGGUUCCAGAUGCCCCCCUUGGAGGAAGGACUUGAAGAGAUGCAUGCCUCCCAGGUCCCCCCUGCCAACCCUGGACACUGCAUCGCUGACGCCCCCUCCCUGGGCCCUCAGCACCACCCGAGGACCAAGAGCGGGUCCAGCACAUCCUCCGGGGAGGGCUACUGCAAUAACCCCAGCGGCAGGCUGCCUCUGUGGAACCCUCAGGCAUUUUCUGCAGAGAAGACACCCUUCCUGGAGCCGCCCCCCAACUUGGAGCUGGCAGGCUCCCAGACUACUUUUUCGGCAGGGCGCUCAGCGGAUGACAGCUCCAGCACCUCCUCCGGGGAGUGGUACCAGAACUUCCAGCCGCCGCCCCAGCCCCCUCCCGAGGAGCAGUUGGAGUAUCCAGCUCCCCCCAGUCCCCAGUCUGAAUCCACCAGCGAAGACUACGAUGACAUCGGAGCAGCCUAGACGGGGCCCAGCGAGGCAGCGGGGAGCUCCUUCCCACUGGACUGCACCUCUCCCACUCCCUUCUCCCACCCCAUCCUCCCAGACGCCCCCCAGGGGCUGAGAGGCCUCCCCCGGAGAGAGGAAGCUCCACACGCUGUAUGACCUCAGCCUCCAUCCGUCAGACAGAACCUCCUGGCCCAGCCUCUGACCCCUGCCCCGCACAGCAGCCCCGAGGUGGAGGGGGCUGCCUCGGAGAAGGAGUGAGCUCCCUGUCUCAGGGAUGAACAAGCCGAGUCUGGGCCACUUCUCAGCAGGCUGCAAGGAGGAAUCAGACUGGAUGACCCCCGCGGCCCUUCUGACCCUCCCUCGGGCGUCUGGUGCUUUGAUUCCCUGAGACUCAGAGAGCUCAGGGCCCAGAGGUACCACGAGGGGCAGAAAUGCCCUGUGCUGCCAGUGCUGCCCGGGAGGCCCCGCCUGCAGAGGCUGAUGCUGCUUUCGCUCUGACGGGGAUGCUGGGGCUGAGAGUGGCCCACCAGCCGACCCCGGCUCUGCUCAGGUUGGUAACCACAGCUGGGCAGGGAGUCCAGCCUCCCCAGGCACAGCCAGCCGACAGUGGGAGGGAUGCUGCCCCUCCCCACCACCAAGGGCCUGGGGCCCGAGGCCAGCCUCACCUCUAGAGACCCUCGGAGCCCACCAGGGGCACAGCCCUGUUCUGCAGAGACUGCCCCUGGACUGCAGAUCCUUAUUCUGAGCUUCCUACGGUUUGCAAAGAUUGUCCCAUCCAGGCCCCUCACAGACCCAGAAUGGGGUCCAGUCCCUGUCGUGGCAGAAGCACAGCGAUGUCUGCAGGAGGGGCCCAGAGUCUCCACUAGGCUCCGAGGCCCCAUCCGUCUGCUUGGGUCCGUGGGAGCCUCCCAGCCAAACGCGUGAAGAUGCCAUGUUGCACCUGGAGGCGGAAACCUGUCCGGGCCGCCUCCAGAGAGAGGCCCAGGGCUCAGGGCCAGCUUCCGGUGUCCUGUUCUCAGCAUCCGGGGAUUAAACUAA